CGACGCGUCACUUGUGCCUUUGAACGGAGAUGAACAUCCAGAGCGGGAGGAGCGCUGAGUGUGCAAAAUAUUCGCCCGACCGGCUCAUCGUCGAGUGGAUUAGCUAUCUACUUAUCCAUCGGAUCCAGGGCCAGACCCCCGCUCCGGCUGUGUCAGGGUUGCUGACUACGGGUAAACGGAAUUUCGGCCCGGAGGAUACGUGCAUCGGACACGGUGUUUACAGAUCGUCAGACUGACCGGGUUUCACCCCGAUCGCGGAAAUAAGCCGGAUCUACAGUAGCCGGUCCGCAAACGACUGUUUUUUGCGGCCCAAGCGGGAGUGUAAAAUAUCUCGCCUUCCGAUAAACGCACAGUAGUACAUAUAUCCCUGCUCGUAGACUACGAGCUAGCUAGCUGUUUU